AUGGGAGGCCCGGCGGUUGGCGAGGAGGGCAGCAGUCGCCGCGUGGCAGCAGAGGCUGAGGGACGCCGAGACAGAGGAGGCCGAGGCACAGCCGCCGCAGGAGCAGCUGCAGUCGCCGGAGGAGCAGAUGCAGCCGCCGCUGUCGGCACCGCAGUCGCCGUGGCCGCUGCCACGCUUACCAUCACCACCACCAUCGCCGCCGCCGAGGCAGCAGGAGUGGCACCUGCCACAGGCGCAGGUCGCGCAAGCGUUGCGGACCGUCGUGGUGGAGGGGCGGCGGUGUCAUCAGCAGACGGUCACGUGGACUUGGCCCGCGCCCGAGGAGGCAGCAGAGGAGGCCAGGAUGCGGGAGGCCAUCGAGUGGCGGCGCCCACCGCCGUUGAAUCCGAGGGCCAAGUCGGCGAAACGCGUCGCGGAGACGGCCGAUCGCGAGGGACUGGAGGUGACGCCCGAGGAGGAGCGCGAGGCCCAGGAGGGGCUGGAGAAGGGGCCAUGGGAGUGGCCAUCACCGCCCCGAAGUUGGCGCGGCAGACUUCGUGUCCGGAGCCGCGAGCCCCACCGGCGAGGCCGACGCUGCGGAGACAGCAGUCGGAGGGCGCGGAACCGUGGUGGGAGGUUCCGGAGGCGGAGUGGCCGGCGCGGGUGGCCGAAGAAGCGCGACGGCAGCGAGGAAGGCGCAGGAAGGCCAGGUGGUUGCGGGUGUUUAAGGCCCAAUAA